UUUGAGCUGUGUAGACGUGUACUUCCACCCAUCGCUUGUAGUAUUUAAUCGUCUAUGUUUGCAAUCUAGACAUUUUACAUUUGAACAUCGUACUGUUGUGCCUUAUUCCUUAUUGAAACAUGACCUCAAUUGAAGAACUGAAGCUGCGAGUGAGGGAGCUGGAGAAUGAGUUGAUCAAGUGUAAGCAAAAGCGAUGCACCGCGAUGUGUGCGGAACAACCUGCUGACAACAACCAACCUCAUCAGAGAACACGGAUCGAGAAAAUGAGUGCUGAAGUAGUGGAUUCAAACCCUUACAGUCGUCUGAUGGCUUUGAAGCGAAUGGGUAUUGUUGAGGAUUACGAGAAAAUCCGGACGUUCACAGUAGCUGUGGUUGGGGUUGGAGGAGUUGGUAGCGUGACUGCAGAAAUGCUCACAAGAUGUGGCAUUGGUAAGCUCCUCCUUUUUGAUUAUGACAAAGUGGAGCUGGCCAACAUGAACAGGUUGUUCUUUCAGCCUCACCAGGCUGGCCUCAGCAAGGUAGAGGCGGCGGAACACACCCUCAGGAGUAUCAACCCAGAUGUUCAGUUUGAGAUCCACAACUAUAACAUCACCACAAUGUCCAAUUUUGCACAUUUCAUGGAUCGAAUAAGUCACGGGGCGCUUGAAGAAGGAAAGGCUGUCGACCUGGUCCUGUGCUGCGUAGACAACUUUGAGGCUCGGAUGGCCAUCAACGCAGCAUGCAACGAGCUGGGUCAGAUCUGGAUGGAGUCGGGCGUGAGUGAAAACGCAGUGUCCGGACACAUCCAGCUCAUCAUCCCGGGAGAAACGGCCUGUUUCGCAUGUGCACCACCACUGGUGGUGGCGGCCAACAUUGACGAGAAGACCCUGAAGAGGGAGGGGGUGUGUGCUGCCAGCCUGCCCACCACCAUGGGUGUGGUGGCCGGGAUCCUGGUGCAGAAUGUCCUCAAGUACCUGUUGAAGUUUGGCACGGUCAGCCAUUACCUGGGCUACAACGCCAUGCAGGACUUCUUUCCCACCAUGGCAAUGAAGGCCAACCCGACGUGUGACGACCCCCACUGCAAGAAACAGCAGGAAAACUAUAAGAAAAUGCAGGCGGAGCAGCCGAAAGACGUUGCAAAGACGCCAGAGGAGCUGCCGGCGGUUCACGAGGAUAACGACUGGGGCAUUGAGCUGGUGUCAGAGCAGACGGACGAUGAACUCAAGGCGGCCUCAGGCCCUGUCCCCGAUCUCCCAGAAGGCAUCACUGUGGCCUACACCAUCCCAGGCGGGGAGAACGGGGCGUCGGGGGAGACGGUGGAGGAGACGGAACAGAGCCUGGAGGAGUUGAUGGCUAAAAUGAGGAAGAUGUAACUGGCCCCACCAAGAUGUGUCAUCAUCAUCGUCACACAGAGCUGUCACUUGCGGUUACGCUGCAUCGUACCGUGUCUCCGUGUUCUAAAAUAAAGUCAAUUCUUUCUACCCACUUACAGAACCGCGGUAUCACUCCUAAAUGCAAGUACUUUACUCCGUGGACAUAAAACGGUGUGCAAUGCAUGCUUAAUGAGCUUAAGUGCUGUUUUCCCCAAGGAUCGAAAUUUACUAGCGGACGCCUGUUCGGGGUGCGGAUGCAUUCUGCUGUCUAUUACACUUAGCAGAAUGGCACGAGGAGGUGUGGUAUACGGCCGAUAUAUGUCACGGCUAAGAGCUGCUCUUAGAUCCUGUGCAUCGCAGAGUGCAUGGACAAAGCACUCAACCUUGGCACAAUAGCAGUAUACCACAAAACCCUGAAUGUCUUAUUCCUAUAGAAACCAUUUACCAAGGCAUUUAAUACAGUAAAAAGUUGUAAUGUCGCGCCCGUGGUUAUACAUACACCUCUGCAUUCUGCCAAACAACAUUUGGGAAUUAAACUACCCGGUUUAUAGCAUCACAACUGGAUGUUGAAGUACCCUUUCCUGCCCUUUAUCGUAUGUAGUUUUCUUGAAUUAACGCUCGACAUAAUGUACCAAAAGCAUACAUACCUGUACAGUUUAGCUGUAUAAUGAUGCUUGUCACAUGUUUAAAUAAGGAAGUUUGUUGUAACACUGAAUUGAUUAAGUACUCAAAUAUUGCGGUUAUGGAUGCAGCCUCUCACCAACUAAUCAUUUAUAGAAUGCCAAUUAAUGAAUUGAACUGGAUCAAUAAUGCAUUUAUAAAAAUGUUUUAAAUGAUGCCUGACAUUUUGCUGCAUGACAAACCUGCCAUGGCUGUAUUUACUGUCUAGCUCUGGUCCAAAGUGCCACACUGACUGGCUUCUGGAGUGUUUUGUUGCACAACGGACCAUCAUUUCUACCCUCUACCUGCUGUUUAAUUGUAAACCGAUGUUCAUUUGUUUAAAUUAUACAUAUAACCAAAGCGUUCUCUGCUGAAACUGUACUGACUCUGUACGCAAAUUGUUUCAAUAAAGUUUAUUAGCCGGAAAACAGAA